UUGUUUUGUUUUUUUUAAUUUUUUUUUCCCAUUUUCAAGCACAAAAAGUUUUAAUGACACUAUCAAUCAAAGAAUUAACAUCUCUUUUGAGUAUUCUAUCUGAGGAAGCCGUAUCAGGGUCAUCGUCAUUUGAAGUUAUUGCUAAUGCAUUGCAUCAUUAUUUUGGUCCAAAUGACUACUUCAGAGUUGGAAUGGCUCUUCUGAUAAUGUAUCAACAACCUGAUUUGCUUCCUGAUCCAAACCAGCGUGUGAGUGUUUUGUUUCUUCUUUAUGAAAUGUACAGGAACCAGCCAGUGGUUAAGAAUCCCUUUGUUCGACUUUUUAUUCACUUGCUUGACGAUAGUAAAAAUGCAAAUAUAUCUAAACAAGAGAAAAUAUUUUUAUAUCAGUUGCUCACAUCUCCAGCACUUACAAGAGAGCUUUUGAAGAAAACUCCUCGACAAAUACUUUCAGCUGAUGUGAGUGCAUAUCCACCAAUUGAUGUCAGUGGUUUACAAAUUUCAUUAAAUGAAAAGUUAAAUGAUCUACCAACAAGCACCCGUUAUGGUAUAAGUACAAUUAUCCCAGAUCCUGAUCCAGAUAGUAAUGGUGUCAUCAAUAUGACAGCUGUUCGUCAUGUGAUUGAAUCAUUGAUUUGCACCUCAGCUAACCCACCGUUUGAAGAUACUUUUAUGCCAGCAUUUAUUCAUUUAGCCCCUCCAUUGCACAAAUCAUGUGAUAACGAGCUCCAAUGGUUAAACCCUACUGACAAAAGUUACACCAUAGAGUGGGAUGAAAUGAUGUGUGGUGAAAAUUCAAUUGAAGUAGAAGUUCGCCAGCUAAUGGCAAAGGCAUUUAAAGGUGCAUUACUUUUACCACAACAGCAGCAACUGCUAAAAGAGCUAGAAAAAGAUAGCAAACUUGUCUAUCAUGUUGGUUUAACACCAAGUAAACUUCCGGACCUUGUUGAGAACAAUCCAUUAGUUGCUAUAGAAGUUUUACUUAAAAUGAUGCAAUCGUCUCAAAUAACAGAGUACUUUUCUGUCCUGGUAAAUAUGGAAAUGUCACUUCAUUCCAUGGAAGUUGUUAAUAGGUUAACAACUGCAGCAGAGGUUCCAAGAGAGUUUAUUCACUUUUAUAUCUCUAACUGUAUUAGCAAAUGUGAAACCAUUAAAGAUAAAUAUAUGCAGAGCAGAUUGGUUCGUUUGGUUUGUGUAUUUCUUCAAUCUUUAAUAAGAAUGAAAAGCAUAAACAUUCAAGAUAUAUCAAUCGAAGUAAAAGCUUUCUGCAUUGAAUUCAGUAAUAUACGCGAAGCUGCUAGUCUCUUUCGCUUGUUAAGGUCUGUUGAAAGCAAUGACGAGAUUCCAAAGAGCAAUAGCCCCAACAGUUCUUUAUUAAAAUAAAUCAAGUAGUGUGAGUGCUUAAAAAGCAUUUAGAAAACAGCUUGAAUGCUAUAUGGCAUGAGCAAACCAGGUUGAAAGAUACAAAUAAAAUAUAGCUGGGCAAUGAUGAACUUUAGAAAGAUAUCGAAUCCGUUCUUUCAGGUGCGUUGCAAGCGAUAAUUGUAAUUAAGAGUAGUGCGUACAACGGAUAGACUUUAGAUUCCUAAAUCAUAAAAUGAAAUAGAUUUCUUCUGAUGU